AUGAAGUUUGCAAAAGACCUUGAACGGGAGCUAGUUCCUGAAUGGAAGGCGAAGUAUCUGAACUACAAGGCAACCGGGCUCGGCAGCGUAACACAGCGUUACGCAGGUGAUUUGAUAAACGCGGCCGUGCCAGAACGGUCACCCCUCCGAGCUCCAGCAUCCAGGUUCGACCAAACUGAAGGGUAUGGUAGCAUCGUACCACCGAGGCCAAGCCAUACUGUCUCGCCAUCUUUAGUCCCCUCGUCGCUACAGCUUCCUGAUCCCGCAAUUGAUCAAGAUGAUAACUACUUCGCUCCUCGGAAUGAGUCGUCCACCUUGUAUAGUGAGGAACUUCCAGCACCCAAUACAACUACGCAGAGGAAGUCUCGGUUUGGACAAAAUAUACAGUCUGGGCGUGGUUCAUUGCGUAAGCAAAUUAGAGAUAGAAGGCCUACAAUUGGCCCGCCUGGUCCGAGGCCUUCGUUCAUUCACCGAAUAUUCUCGUCCAGCCCGGAAUAUGAACCAUCUAAAACCCAGAUGCCCGCCCGGGAACAAGCCUUGGCAGAGCUUAGAACCAAAGAGACAGAAUUUUUUGCCUUCAUGGACAAGGAACUCGCAAAGAUCGAAACAUUUUACAAGUUAAAGGAAGAUGAGUCCACAAAGAGGCUUCAAUUGCUCAGAGAACAACUCCAUGUCAUGCGGGACUCACGCAUUGAAGAGCUCAGGUCGAAGAAGAACCAUUCCAUGCCACAAACUAAGGAGGGUUCGAAUGUUUUAAAGGGCCCUGCCGGGCAAACAUCUACCCACUGGACUAGGCCCCUGACCCGUGGUGGAGGCUCCCACAUUGGGAAGACUACCAAGGCAAUGACACAGCUAGCUACACCUAGAGGCCCUGUACCACAGGCAAUGGCUGAUGAACAGAGAGAUUUUGUAACCCGCAGAGAAUACCAAGGUGUGCCUUAUAGUUCUGCAAAGAGGAAACUAAAACGUGCGCUCCUGGAAUUCUACCGUGGCCUAGAGCUACUUAAAUCAUAUGCUGAUCUGAACAGAAAGGCCUUCAGAAAAAUAAAUAAGAAGUAUGAUAAGGUUUCAUACGCUCGACCUACGGGGAGAUACAUGACCGAAAAGGUUAAUAAAGCAUGGUUCGUCCAGAGUGAUAUUGUUGAAAACCACUUAGUUGCAGUUGAAGACUUGUAUGCUCGGUAUUUUGAACGAGGGAACCGCAAAGUUGCCACUCAUAAACUGCGUGGUAAAGCGAUGAGCUCUAUGGAUUACUCCCCCAACUCAUUUCGGAAUGGGCUAUUGCUAGCUGCCGGCCUCGUGUUUGCUAUCCAGGGCCUUUACUAUGCCAUCAGACAUUUGUUUGAAGAUGAUCUAAACCAGAAGACCGAAACCAGCUAUCUUCUACAGAUAUACGGUGGAUACUUCCUUAUUCUUGUUCAUUUCCUUUUAUUUUGCUUGGACUGUAGGAUCUGGAGCAUGUCAAAGAUUAACUAUAUUUUUGUCUUCGAAUAUGAUACCCGCCAUGUCUUAGAUUGGCGACAACUGUCAGAGUCUUUAUCUUAUUCCUACCCGCGCGUAUUCUAUACUACCGGAGCAGGCUUUGGUGGGCAUAUUCUCAUUGGCGGCUACUCCUUGCAGGGCUUUAUCCCGUGGAAUUUCGUGAUUUCUUUCUCGGUGACAUGUACUGCUCCCAGACCUACGCUAUGGGGAUGGGAUAAUCCAGUAAUGUGCAAUUCUUCGCACUCUCGUGUAUUUGGCUUUGUGACUACAGUACCCUCAAUAUGGCGUGGCUUCCAGUGCCUUCGCCGAUACUAUGACACUCGCAACGCCUUUCCUCAUCUUGUCAAUUUUGGCAAAUACUCCUUUUCUAUCCUUUACUACCUAACCCUUAGUUUAUACCGUAUCGACAAAUCGACAACAUUACGCGGCAUGUUUAUCACAUUUGCCUGCUUAAACGCCAUCUAUGCUUCUGUCUGGGACUUAGCUAUGGACUGGAGUUUAUGCAACCCUUACUCCAAGAACCCAUAUUUACGCGACUACCUUGGCUUCCAGCGGCGGUGGGUGUACUAUGUCGCAAUGAUUGUCGACCCUAUACUCCGGUUUAACUGGAUUUUAUACGCGGUAUUUAUACAUGAUAUGCAACACUCAGCAGUUCUAAGCUUUGCAGUCGCACUCUCCGAAGUGUGUCGGAGAGGAAUGUGGACCAUUUUCCGUGUUGAGAAUGAACAUUGCACCAACGUCGGCAGGUUCCGAGCUUCAAGAGAUAUUCCACUCCCGUAUGACAUGUCACUCACAGCAUCUGAUGAAGAAAGGCUUUCUACCAUCCCUCCAGCGCCCACCACAUAUACCCGAGGCGAGUCAAAAUACUCGCCUCCUCAUGCCCUGGGGCGGAUAGCAACGAACGGUUCCGCAACAUAUACGCCCGAUCUUGAAAAUGGCGUAGGCACACCCAUCAGUUCGCUUCGUCGCCGACGCUUCUCUCAGAGAGAGGAUGGUACUCCUCCCAGCGGAACAUUAGCGCGGGUAGGCACCAUGUUAGCCACUGCACAUGCUCAGGACUUUGAACGAAAGAAACGACCUAGUAUACUUGAUGGGAAAGGUAACUCGAACAAUUCCACGAGUACUGAUGAGGACGAGGGGGAAGACGAGGAAGAGGACGAUGAUAAUGAAGGUCAUGAUGAUGGGUAUGAGGCUCAUAUUUCAGAGGAGUCUGAACAAUCUGCAUCUAAUGAUAACGGAAGGGAUAUGCUCAGUGGUCUACGUAAUUCAGGUAGUUACGGUGGACCACAUCGCCGUGGAAAGUAG